AUGGCCUUGGAAAGCAGCACCAAUGACAGCUGUAGAUCAGAGAAAACUGUUUCUUUGGUCUGGGGGUGUGAGCUAACUAGGGAGACACCAACCUACACAUUUGAUGUCCCAGAAGAGUGGUCCUAUGAGCAGCAGUUGGCUUUAAGGACGAUCUGCUUAGGAGAAAAAGCCAAGGAUGAAUUUCAUGUUGUGGAGAUCAUGCCCCCAAAGGAGAGCAAGGAAUCUGCUCCAGUGUGCAUAGCUAACUUGAAGCUUUCAGUUCUCCCAAUGGUCACCACACAAGGACUUGAUCUAAAUCCACCUGUCACAUUCCGACUAAAGUCAGGGAGUGGGCCAGUCUACCUCGCUGGACAGCAUGUGACAGCUGUCAGCCCAUGGAAUAAUACUGUGGAGGAGGAAGAAGAGGAGGAGGAGGAGGAGGAAGAGUCCCAAGAAGAUGAAGAGAUGGAGGAAUCUUCCAAGGAAGAGUCUCCAGUAAAGCCAGCCAAGGUUCGAGCCUCCAAGCGUGGUGCUGCAGCCAAGAAGGAGUCAGAGCCACCUGUGCGGGAGCAGUCUCAGGCAAAAGGAGCCAGCAGAGGAAGGAAGUCAGCAGCUAAGAAAUAG